CGGGCCGGGGCCUGGACGAGGGGUGUGGUUGGGUAUAAACCAGGGGACAGUGAGGUUUCUGUUGUUGUCCUGUUUUGAAGCCGUCCGUCUGUCUGUCAGGGGCAUCCUGCACCGCUGCACGCUCCUCUUCUGGGUUUUUUUCUCCUCCCUGCAGAGCGGGACUCAUCCUGUCACGUCUGUCUUUUGGGAGCUCCACAGAAACCAUGCUGACAGUUUUGGUGCUGGCGUCCAUCGUUCUCCUGGGAAUAGCACCUGAGCGUUCCCAGGCCAUAACCAUUUACACGGGCUGGGAACGCCACGCCCUGGUGGGCUCAGACGUCCGGCUCUCCUGCAGCUUCUUCUCUUGGCGCUGGAUCUCUGAUGACGUCACCUUCUCCUGGACUUACAGGCCCGAUGGCUCCCGGGACAGCAUCUCUAUCUUCCACUACACCGGUGGUGAGGCCUACGUCGACAACAAGGGCCCGUUCCGGGACCGGCUGGAGUUUGUGGGGAACCCGGGACGCCGUGACGGCUCCAUCCUAAUCAAAAACCUGGACUUCAGCGACAACGGCACCUUCACCUGCGACGCCAAGAACCCCCCUGACAUCGUGGGCCGGCCCUCCAGCGUCCGCCUGCUGGUGUUUGAGAAAUUGCCGAUCCAGGCGGGUGUGAUCACGGGGGCCAUCAUCGGGGUGGUGCUGGGCCUGCUGGUGCUGAUUGUGGUCAUCUACUACCUGAUGAGGUUCCUGGUGGCGCGACGUGUCUUCAGCUUGAACGUCAGCAAACAUGGCAAGAAAAAGAAAGAGGGAUCACAGCAGAGACAGGGCCCCGCGCCUGCCGCUGACCCCUCCAAGGUUAAGGCCGCAGCCUCGGAAAAGAAGAAGCAGGAGUCGCGCAAGGAUAAGAAAUAGGAUACGGAGAGGGGCUGGGGCGGGCUCGCCGGCCGCCUGCUCCAGCCUGUGCGCCAGGUACUGGCAGCGACGGCCCGACCCGAACAGCGCCAUCAGGACAAGCAGCAGCAAACCAUCAUCAAAAAGACUGAAGGGGUGGAGGGAGGUGGGGAGGAGGGCAAAGACCGGGUACUCAUGACCAUCGAGCUGGAGCUGACCCGCAGAAACGGGGAGGAGGUGCUCAGAGAUAAAGGUCUGACUUCUCUAUGACUGCCUCCACUCCUCCUCUAGUCUGCUCCCUCUCUUUCUGCCCAGCCUGAUGCAACCCCCAUUAUUUCCCAUUAUCUCCACCCUCUCACGACGGGCCUGGCUGUAGGAAUAGGCCUCCUAUAUCACCGGCAACAGUGUCAAGUAAUUUUUAGGACGCCUCAUUGGAGACGGCUUACGCCAUCACUGGGGAAACUGUAAAAGCGUUUAAUGCCUAACAAUGCACAUAACUUCCUUAAGAGGACCACGUAAGAUGUCCCUGUGUGUUUAGCGUCCCCUAAACCCCCCCCCCCCAAAUGUUUACGACUCUAUCACAUGCACCGAGCUGAACUGUGAGUGCACACUGGACUUCGGAUGGAGGAAAACAGCGAGUGAUGCUGAGAGGGAAAUAUGAUUCCUGCUCCUCUCAGCCGGCGCAGAUAGGAGUUCAAGCCCCGGAGCUCGGAGGUGAUUCAAUCCUCUCACAUUUGAGCUAAUGGAGGUUGUCGCUGUGUGUCCCUGCACGACUACAGGGGGGCUAUUUCUGGCCCUAUAAGAGCGCACAGACUCGCUGGAACAGCUGCACAUUUUUCAGCCGACAGGAGAGGAGGGGUGCUUUCUCUGCUGUCUGUGCUGGAGAGUAAGUCUGCUGUCGGGACUGAUGGCCGGUGACUGACGACCCGGAAUGAUGUCACAGCUUCCGAAGGUUGCGGACGCUCUCUGAUGAAGAGGGCUUACCAGUUAGAGGUGCAGCUUGUGGAAUUUUAGGUCCACUCCGUGUACACACGUAGCCGGGUUUUCGUACAACCAAAUGUCCUCGCUCGCUCACCUGGGAACAGACGGGUGUCCACAUCACCUUGUUUUCAGCUAAAAAGCACAUUCAUAGGCACGCCAAGCCUGUAGGUGGCAGUAGUUCUCCAAAUCAUGGGUGUCUUUGCUGAAGAGCAUUCCCCGGAAUACCUUGGUGGUGGCGUCUUCUACUCAGAGCAGUAACUGAGCUCGUAAAAUCAAGCUAGUGUAAACACAGGUCACACAGGUGAUGUCGGAGCAUAUUUGUUAGAGCAGUGACAUUGUGAGACCUAAAACCUGGUUAUUUACAUCCAAAGGCAACUGUUAGAGAAAUACAUCCCCAUCUUAGUCGAAGGCGUUUUGAAAGACUUGGCUAAACCGUGGAAUACUAUCUUGGUUUUUGUCCGACACCCGGCUACGUGUGUACGCGGCCUUACUCCGAACCAGAGCUACUUCAUUUAGAUGUGCAUGUAACAAAACGUCUCUGCUCCCAUUGCCCUGCCUCCUCGGAUCUCUUCACUCCUCUUCAUCUCUUCCUUCCCACUCCUCCAUCUUGGGAAUCAUCUUCUCACUUGAAGCCCUCCGUUUCCAUCUCUCUGUCCUUAUGUCUUUGGCUUCGUUUAUCUCUUCCUCUUCUUGCUGUCUAGUCUGCACUGCAUUAUUCCCCUGCAGAAAAGGUCUACACACAAUCCAAUCUACUCUUUAAGCCUCUCCUUAUCUGACUGGCAGGCCUACAGCUCAAUGCCUCUCCCUGUCCUGUCCUUCCUCCUCCUCCUCACUGCUCACUUUUUCAAACUCCUACAGCAGACUCCCCCCUUGCCUCCCACCAUCGUUGCCAGUGAUGGACAAAUGCCCUCCUACUUGCCUUUCAAACACCCUCGAGGCACAUCCCGUUGCCGGCCCACUUCCCUCCUCUGGACCUCUUGGUUUCUGCUGGUAUGAACACCAAAACACUCUUUGCUGCCCCCUAUUGGCAGAGGAAAGAAGACCCUUGGCUAGCACUCCUCUGGUCAAAAAUCCGACGUGUGUGUUGUGUACAUGUUUCAAGUUAAAGAGUGUUGUUGUCACAAAGUAAAAUGCAUCCGUAUGUCACGCUAAGUAAAGCAAAUAAUGUUUUUUUUCUCCAUGUGUGCAUGUAAACAUACAGAGAACAUGUUCACCAAGGCAGGGAGGAAAUGUAAUCGUAUUGGAUGGAAUAUGCUAUUACGUAUCUGACCUUGUGUUAUGAAGGGUGCUGUGUGGCUGUCUCUUGGGUACGUUUCAUUCUGAGAUGGAGGAAAAUUGAGGUUGUAGUGCAGAGAAUAGGAGGAAGUAGAGGAAGCUUUGGGUUGCCUUUGGAUUCAUCGCUCUGCGGCUGGGGAGGGAAAACACACACACACACACACACACACACACACACACACACACACACACACACACACACACGGAGGAAAGGAGCUUUAUCUGUUGUGUUAAGCUCUGCCAAAAAUCUGUAUGUAUCGCUACAGAUAGUCUGCUCUCCCCCAGAGCUUUCUUUUAAAGGUGCUCCUUCCCAACCCAGAGCCAGGGAUGGAUCGUAAUCUGCGAGCUUGAUAUGCGAGGUGGAUAGCGUCAACAUGAAUGUUCCUUUACAGUCAUAACAGGGAGGCAGGUGCUCAGAUUCACAACUUCAUAACCGGACAUUGGUUUGGCCGGUGGCUGUUUUACUAGCCAGUCGAACGGACCGGUUAGAAUGUUUUCUUGUUUUUCAGCGAAGCCACACAGACGACUGACGUAACCUCUGUUAGCUAUAGUUGCACAUUAACGUUCUUUCAUUUCAAACGACUGGAGCUUCUUACCUUUUUUAUGUUUGUUUUUAAUGAUUGUUUAAAAAAAUCACUAACCACCAUUUUUGGACUUUGUUGUAAAGAGAACUUAAAUAAAUCCCUGAAAAGCAGUUGCUGAAUGGUAAAGCCAAAUCAAA